AUGACAAGUCUAUUUGGAGCAGAACGGCCUGAUCUACUAAAAGAUGAACUUCUGCACGAGAUCUUCAUUCAAACAGCACAAUACUUUCCCGAUAAAGUCGCUAUUCGUUGGCAGAAUGAAGAGAUUACCUACCACCAGCUCUAUCAACGUGCAUCUUAUCUAGCUGCAGUAUUACAGCAAACAAAACACAUCGGUACAGGUGAUCGAGUAGCUAUAUGGCUGGCACGCUCAGCUCGAUUACACGUUACCAUUCUCGCUGUUUUGAUGACCGGUGCAACGUAUGUUCCAUUUGAUGCUGAUGCGCCCGAGGAACGUGUCAAUGAAGUACUUGAAGAUUUGCAAGUCGCACUUCUUCUUGUCGAUUCACGUCGUCCGAUAACACACCCAUCAGCAUUCAAUGUUGAACACGUAGUCGAGAAAAGUGAUAGUACCUAUAAAAUUGCUCAAUUAACCGUAAAUACUCAUAGAAAUUUACCAGCUUAUAUCAUCUGUACGUCGGGUUCGACAGGCAAACCAAAGGCGAUUGCAAUCAGUCAUCGGAGUAUUUGCCAUUUCAUUCGCGCUGAUAAUGAAGCGAUGCAAGUCAAAAACAUUUCUUUCGUACUUUGUGGGCGCAACUUUGGUCAUCGCGUCUAA